UAUAUAUUAACAUGUACUACACACUAGAUCAGGAGAAAUUUGUACGUAUGACCCAUUUUUUGGGCCCAAAAUAUCAAAUGACACAUUUUUAAAAAAUAAUGUCAAUUGACCCUCUGCUGACAUCAUCACCAUACCAAAUUACGUAAAUUGCCCUCACCUCUUUGUAUUCUUACCCUUUUACUAAAAACCAACCAAAACUAAAAACUCUUCAAAUUUUUCAAGCGUAAUGGCUUCGUAUCGCUUAUAAACUUUGGAUGGUUUCGCUGUGUUUUAAAAUCCAUCAUUUGGGCUUGAAACGAUUCCACUGCCAUCGACAAAAUCGAAUAUGAUCGGUAAAUGAUUUCAAUCUGUGCUUGAAAAUGUCUUAAAUUGAUCGGUAAUGGGGCUUUAUGGGUCAUUCUGGGUUUAGAAAUACUGUGAACUUAUGAUUUUUUUUGCUUGUUUUUUUGGUUUUUGAUGUGUUCUGUGGUUGAAGAUGGGUAAAAAGAGAGAAUGUGAGUGAGAUAAGUAAGAGUGAAAUCGGCGAGAGCGAUACUAGAGAGAGCAACACUGGAGAGGGUGGGUUAUUUUGGGGUUUAGAAAUACUGUGAGCCUAUAGUUUUUUAUUUAUUUUUUAUUUUUUUCGAUGUGUUUUGUGGUUGAAGACGAGUAAAAAGAAAGAAUGUGAGCGAGAUAAGUGAGAGUUACUAGAGAGAGCGAUAUCAGAGAGAGCGAUACCAGCGAGAGCAAUACCAAAGAGUGUGAUACCAGAUAGAACAAUACUAGAGAGAAUGAUGCCACGAGACUUAAACGAAAUGUUUUUUACAUUUUUUUUUCUAAAGGAGUUUACUGAUUGAAUCUUUAUUUCAUGCAUGAGUGAUUUAAGAUGUCAACAUGUUUUAGAAUACUUAUAGUCGACCGACCUGGUCAAGUAACGAGCUUGGCCCACAUUACUAAUGCAAACAAGACUGUGACGGAGAAGCUUACCCCAAGACAGUUAGAGAUGUUCAAGAGAAUAGUUUUUGGGCGAUUUGUAGACGUUGACAUGGUGUUCAAUAGCCCAAUUAUCCAUCAUAUGUUGUUGAGAGACUGUGAAAAGCACGAGAGCUAACUUGAUCUCAUUCUCUAUUGGUGGAAAGGUCGUCACUUUUUCAAAGGAUGAUUUUUUGUUGAUGACUGGUUUGUGGCGAUCCUCUAUGCAAGUUGAUCAGAAUGAGUAGUCCUCAUAUGAACUUGUAAUCAAGUAUUGCGGUAAUCGAGUGACGAAGGACACCUUACAUGUCCGUUUACUAGAAGAAAAAUACAAGGAGUUAGAAUUUGAAAAUGAUGAGGAUGUUGUGAAGAUCACAUUAGUCUACUAUACGGAGGUUGCAAUGAUGGGAAAGAACAAGUAGAAAAAUGUAGUGGACCUUAAACGUUUUAAGGACGUUCAAAAUAUAGAGUACUACAACAGUCUAGACUGGGGUACCAUUAUUUGGGAAAGGACACUCGAUGCCCUAAAGACUGCAUUGAAUGAUAAGAGUAGUUUAUACAAGACGAAGGUAAAAGGAAAUAAAAAUUACGUCGUGAAGUACUCUUUGCGUGGAUUUCCACAAGCGUUCCAGAUAUAGAUGUACGAGAUCCUAGCAGCAUCAAUAGCUGGGAACAUUGCGGAGCGAAGGAGCAAGGUGGCUUUGCCUCGCAUAUUACGAUGGUCAUGCUCCCACUCAGUAUGCUUCAAAGUACUCGAGAGAGACAUAUUCGAGUCUAACAAUACAAAGGUUAAAGAGGGUCUUGUCAUGACCGACACUGAGAGGGAGUUUUGGGAUACCCCAUUGGACAGACAACCUAUAUUCGAUCUAGGUGCCAAUGAUGAUAGUGCUGAAAGUGGCAGUAGGUCGAGUAGUGGGGGUAGUUUUGAAAGCGACGGUAAUGAUCAUCGUGGAGAUAACAAUGAUGAAUGUGGAAGGGUGGAGGGAGGGGAUGAACACGAGCAUUAUGAGCACGAGGAUGCUGAAUGUGGAAGGGUGGAGGGAGGGACAUACACACCUAGUGAUGAUAUGUUCCAUGAUGUGGCGGGGGACGUACGUGAUGAGGAUGAGUUGAACCCACCUGAUGUUCAUCUUGCGGAUUCCCAUAGAGAGCGAUGUAUGGACGAAGAAUGUCUUGAGUGUGCUGCCCACAAGGAGGGAGCCAAUCCCAACAAUUCUAUUUAUUCAUACCUGCAAACCAUUGAAAGCUCACUAUCGAGGUUGGAUGGUCGUAUAUCAAGUUUAGAUAGUCGUGUAUCCAAGAUCGAGGAAAACAUGACAGACAUGAAAGGACAAUUAUCGGCCAUCCUGUCACUGUUGCAGUCUAUGUGCAAGGGUUCCAUGGUGAUUGAGGAGACACAAGGUCACCCAUCCCAUAUAUAGGUGACGAUGUCACGAUGUCGUUCAUCCCAUCUCGGGAUCCCGAUACCACUGAUGUGUCUGCCUCUGAUACUUCCAUCCCUCCCUGUAGAGCCUCAAAAUACCACUUCACUUACUUCUAUCCCCCCUCUAGAUCCCGAUACCACAACAUCACCCACUGAUGUCCAACCUAUAGAGGCCGACAUGUCUAACUUACUCACUAUGCCACAUACAGAGGCCGACACUUUUGGUAUUGUUACGACCACGGAAGGAGUUACAUUGGAAUCUCGAAGAACUACUCGUAAGAGGAAAGAUGUUGAUAAAUAUACACCUUUAGCUCAAAUAAAGAAGAAAAGUGUGGAUUCUGGGGUACACCUUCCAUUUGAAAAGGUUAAGUAUCCUCUCCUGGGUGUGCCUAUGUCACCAUUCAAAGCGAUUGUCAGGUACAACAUAGCACAUGACGUUCCACUUAAUAUCUUUAUAGAAAUGAUGGGCUGGAUCACAGAUGAGAAUACCAAUAACGAGGUUCGAGAGAAUUCCUUUAAGCUACUAUCGAAGCAUUUGUUCAAGAAAUUGAUUGAAUCGAGUUCGUGGGUUGAGUGCGAUGGUAUUUAAACGAAUAAAGAAUAAGACGAGACUGGAGGCUGCCCUAGUAUGGGAGGAUGAAGACACGUACAAGGACUACGUCACCGGUAAAUUCGAUGUCAAAUGGGCAGAUGUGGAUUUUUUGUAUACGCAAUGAAUAUCAGUGAGCGUUGGAUGGUCCUUACAAUGGACAUUAACAGAGGCCAUAUAUUCGUGUUUUAUUCACUUCUGUCAUACACACCAAUGACGAAGUUGGGGACUUUGCUGGAGCCAUUGACUGUCACAGUACCAUCCUUACUUCACUACUGUGACAUGGAUCGUUCAAAGCCGGACCUAUCCAUAUCCCGUUGGAAAAUCACCCGACCUAUGAAUGCCGAUAUUCAACACGGGUCACUUGAUUGUGGCAUCUUUGCAAUAAAAUUACUAGAAUAUUUGGUGACUGGUGCUGAUCCUUCCGUAAUCGCUCAGGAGAAAAUGAGUGAAUAUAGGAUGUAGUUAGAGUGUCAAUUGUGGGCGAACACUCCAUAUUUUUUAUGUGUAUAAAACAUGU